UCGCUCGCUCGCUUGCUUUUUCUUUCUGGUACGAAGGGCAUCUUAAAAUCUUGAUAUUUAUUUUCUUACUGUAUUUUUUUUCCCUUAGGAUGUUUGCAAUGGUGCAGGACAGGGAGAAGAUUUUCCAUGAGAUCUUUUUGGAUCACUUCAAGAAAAAUAAGGUGGAGAUAGCAGAUAAAAUAACAAAACUAUUUCCUUUCCUCGAGACCCUCAGAGACCACUCUUUUAUUCCUGAUAAACUCUAUAAUGAUUCUCAAGAAGCCUAUAGAAACUUGGUUCCUGUAUCGAAUGUGGUGUACCGCGUUCUCUGCCACCUGGAGGAGACGUUUGAUGAGUCACUUCUACAAGUCCUGUUCAGCAAGGUUAACCUGAAGGAGUAUCCUGAUUUAAUUCAGAUUCAUAGAAGCUUCGAAAAUGUGUUUCAACACAAAUAUUUUUCUCAAAAAAGUGUCAGAGAAGAGACAGAAAAAAUGCCCAGCAUUCAAUCAAGAUGUAAAAAAGAUACAUGGGAGGUCAUUUCAUCUUGUCACCCAGAAAAUAUCCCAGAAGAUCAACAAACGAGGACAGCCCAUUGCCAAGCAUCUGACAUAAUAGUGAUCAACAGUGAGGACUCGGCAGAAUCCAGUGAGGAGAAUGAGUCCUGGGAAGCCUGGCGCUCAGCACUCGGAAAUGGACCUGGUGAGAAGGAGAUCAGUGGAGAUGACUCUCUGAAAGUGAAUCAUAGAGAAGAGCACCAGGAAACCUCUAGCUCAGCACCAAGAAGUGGUCCAGGAGCUGUUAUGAAAUAAAGAAGUCCCAGAAAACAUAAUUCUUCACCAAGACCUUGGCCAGGUCCUAGGAGUAUUGGAAACAAAUCUUAAAAGCAGCCAGAAAAAAAUCUCACAUUACAUACAAAA